AUGGCGGAAUCUCCCUACAAUCGUACAAAGAGAAUAAAAAGCCGGCCACAUCAGCAUCACCAUCAACAAACUACAGCGCUGCAGUUGGGUCUCGGAGAGAUGCCCAGCCUCCAAACAGUACCAGUGUUAUCGUUGGACUCAGAUAUAAAGUUGAUAGACAGGACAGAAACUAUGCAGAGCAUUGACAGCCCCAGUCCAGAUCACGCGCCGCCGCCUAUGAUCAGCUCGGAGUCUAUUUCGACAAAUGGGCAACAGCAACAGCAGUUUUAUCAACAGCAACAACAACAGCAGUAUCACCAGCAUCAACAUCAUCACACAACGAGCAUUAAUGCUCAAAUCAAGAUGGAACAUGACCUCAAUAGAACAGAAGCAAUAUCAACUGAAAACUCAAUAAUGGCCAAUCAAGAUUCUUUCUCAAAAGAUGAACCAAUGCAGUCUCUUACCCCUUUUUCGACUGCCACCAAUACUUCAAGCAUGGCAUUGAGUGGCAGCAAUAAAUCCAGAUCCAGGAAGCUGUCACCUAGUAAGAAGGCUUCAGGAACGACUGAUGAUGAAGACGAGUUUGAGAUGGAUGAGUCCAUCCAAAAAUCCACUAUCAUGAUAAAAAGACUACGAACGAAGUCAGAGAGUAAGAAAGCAGAGCACGAAUAUGGAGUAACAAAAGAUCCAGAGGGGGAUGAGUAUGAGCAGCCUGCACAGAAAAGGCAGCUACAGGAUCAUUGGAAAGGUACUUUUGUAACUCUGAACACCAAUCAGACUUCAUUUCCGACAGACCCACGAGUUUACCAGCAUCUUCCGCCGCCACGAGAGGACGGAGGAUGCAUAAUGUGUUGUCAAACAUAUGAGAGCCCUCAAAAUAAGAUCGUCCUUUGCGAUAACUGCGACCGAGGAUUUCAUCAAGCAUGUUAUUCGCCACCCAUUGAAAAUAAAUAUGUAGAUACAGAUCUCGAGUGGACUUGCUAUGCAUGCAGUCUCCCACUAAGCACGACGAGUUCACAGGGCCUCUCUGCUCUUACAGAGGAUAUGUCCUUAACAGGCCAACAGGUACCACAGGAUAUCAAGGACACCUACCUGCGCUCCCUGUCGAAAUCUAAUUUGGUCAAGCUCAUCGGCAGGAUCGAGGCCACAUCACCCGCGAUCAAACUUUAUCCUUCGCGUCUAUCGUCCCCAACCGUUCCGCAAGCAGACCAAUCGAUAUUUGUCCCAAAAGCAUUCUCAGAAAGCCUCAUUCCCCUUGAUCUCGCUCAAGAACCAGGACAUACCAUGAUCACAAGCCCCUCUUACCAGAGAAUGCAAGGCAUUCAGUCAGACUAUUUUGUAAACUCUCCUUUAUCUAGCAUACAGGCAGUAGCAUCUACAGAUGCCAAUCGUACUCCUGGUGCUGGAAUACCUAAGUCCAUAGGGCCAUUUGUGUUCUCUGGAGUUGCUAAUGUACCACAGAUUACAACAGGAAAUGUCCCAGUUGCCCAGCCCGCAACGACAAACGCCCCCAAACAUAGUGGACGGCAUACACCUGGAGCUGGUCCUGGCCCUGGCCCUGGGAUCAGCGGAGCUUAUCAUUCCGUAAAAGCCCAGGAUCUACCACCGUAUGAAGAGAUGAUUUUCAUGGCUAUUGCUGAUCUGAAGCAAGAGGCGGGGAGUGCACCCAAGGCUAUCCUUGAUUGGGUUCAGGAGCACUUUCCAGUCCCGGAGACAUUUCGCGCUUCGUGUGGACAAGCCAUUUCCAAGGCUGCAAAGAAGGGCCGCCUAUUAAAAGAUGGCGCUUUAUACAAACUUAAACCAGGCUAUACCUAUCCAAGAAGAGUUUCGCGGCACACAGGAUCUACGCGCGCCCGUUCUCAAUCGUACAACUCAGCUCUUCCAUUAGGUGUCCCCCCUAUUGAUAUAACAUUACGCAGUAACCCCAUGGCCCUCCCCUAUGAUCAAAUCAAUACAAUUAUCGAUGCAAAUCUCUAUGGAAUGCUCCCAAGUCCAACUUUCCGGAUGGGCCCUCAAACGCCGGGCACACCAGGGAUUACAGGGAAUAUGGUGAUGGGUGCACCUCCGAGGGUUCAGCAACCGGGGCAAUCUUUUAAAUUUGAGCCAAGGCCCGCGGGAAAUAUUACUCCAGGACCACAAAGAUCGCUUAUUCAGGAUUUGCCUGGAAACAGCACAGAGAAUAAAGAAGCUGGAGUCAGUGCUGGUGGGUUGAUUGGCUUAGGGGUCACGACGAUAACAAGCGCAUUCCCAACUGAAAGUGAUCAAGGAACUGAUACUGAUAAUACACGAAGAUCGUCCAGCAUGUCAUCCGUCUCAUCAGGCACACAGUCUUUCAGCGGUACCUUCCAGGGAGCCGAUAUUACAUCUGCUCGGCCGUUACAGACCGCGCAACGUGCGCAGCAAAUACAACAGACGCAACAGACACCUGCAUGGAUGGUCUCCGCAGGAGCUGCACCAAUGCAAGUUAAUAGCGUGGGCACUAGUGGCUUCGUUGGUACAUCAGGGGUGCAAAUGUCACCAAAUCCUCUUUCAAUUAUGACUAGUGGCCUACAACAGCAUCAGCAACAAGGCAUGUAUCCAGGACACGUCUUUCAGAGUCGCAUUGGAGCUACUGCUGCUUCACCACUCCAAUUUACAUCUUCUUCAUUUUCCAGUUUCGGGCCGAUCACUCUUCCUUCACAACAAACACAUCCCCAAUCACCGCAACCUCAUCCAUCUUUUCCAACUCAGGGGCCAUCGCUUGCACACGGCCAAUUAGCAAUUAGCGCCUCCGCCGCAGCAGCAGGAAUUGGGCCCCAAGGCAUCCAAUCUGGCGCUCCAAUGUAUCCAUCCAUUUUCAUUCCACAAAGUCUCCAACUUAAUGCCUCGCAGCAACACUCGCUCCAACAAGCGCAGCAGCAGCACCCACAGCUCACACAACAGCAGCAACAACAGCUAUUUACAGGAGCAGGAUCUGCACGGUUAUUUGGAUCUAUGUCCCUGCCUGCUUCCCCACAAGACUUGGCGCCUCAAAUACUCUCAUCUCAGAAUUUAUUUAGAGAUGCAGUUAGGAUCCAUUCAGGAAAUAUAAUAGCUGCCAAUGCCAAUCUGCAACCGCAUUCACAACUAUCGCAGCCACUCCAGCCAACACAACAACAACAACAGCAACAACAACAACAACAGCAACAACAACAACAACAGCAACAACAACAACAACAGCAACAACAACAACAACAGCAACAACAACAACAACAGCAACAACAACAACAACAACAACAACAACAACAACAACAACAACAACAACAACAACAACAACAACAACAACAACAACAACAACAACAACAACAACAACAACAACAACAACAACAACAACAACAACAACAACAACAACAACAACAACAACAACAACAGCAGCAGCAACAACAACAGCAACCACCCCAACAAUAA